AUGGAUCGUGCUAGGAAGCGUGAAUUGCGCUCCUUGAACACCCGCGCUUGGGAUGGCGAGCAAGACCUGUUUGCUGUCAGCAAAUCUCUCGAUUCAUCUCUCAAGAAGAAUACCGCCUUCAUCAAGCGCCUUCGAACCGCCGUAUCAGCCGCGACCCUAAAUACCUUCCUCCAAGAGAUCCGCACCCUCAGCCUGCACAAGUACCUCUCCGAAAUUGUCUCUGCCUGUUUCGAGGGCCUAUGCAGACUCAAGUCCCCCGGCGAGAUCGAAGCUGGCGUCGAAAUUGUUAGCGCUCUACACCAGCGCUUUGGUCCCAGCGAGUUCACCGAAUACCUAGGAUGGCUGCUUGGGAAGGGAAUGGCAACGCCCGACAAGAGCUUGCUCAAGUCGUUGGCACCCGAGGUCCGCGAGAAGGAGGAGAAAGAGCGCUUGACGCGCCAGCGUGUGCUCUUGCGCAUUGUUACCGAACUUUGGCUGGUUGAUGUUCUGCGAACUCUCGAUGACGUUACGAGACCAGACGACGCUACCAAGGGUGCUACAGGUAAGGUCGCUGAGCUGAAGCCCAGAGCGCAGGCAAACAGGAGCGGCGCUACCGAGCCUUUUCCCCUCGAAGUACUCAAGGAUCUACUUGGCCAUGAUCGGGAACACGUAAACUUGCCUCUACUCGUCAUCUUCGUCAAGGCCUUCAGCUGGGAUAUCUUGGGAGUCAAGUCUUCGGCUGCUGAGGGACGAAAGACAGUUGAGGAGGACGGCGCGACCAAGACUGCCAACGGAAUUGUACACGGGGAGAGUGGCGGCGAAGACCAAGUCAUCGACACCGAAGAUCAGCCGUUCACGCCCCCUGAGCUUCAGGAGAAGUUCAAGACUAUCCUCAAAAAGUACUUUGAGGACGUCAAAAGCCAUGUCGUUCGAGACCAGAAAUCAAUCCAUUCCCAAGCCCGCCGCAAUGCUGAGGCCUACGUCAAGUCUGGCGAGGUUUUUGAAGAUCGCCAGGCCAACUUUGAAAAGCAAAUGAAGGCCCAGGAGCGGCUGGUAGCCAAUGCUCAGGCCAUCGCUGACGCCAUUGGCGCUGAUAUGCCUGAUCUCAAGGAGAGCGAUGACUCGCUGGGCAAUACCAAUGGCUCGAUCGGUCUGGUCAAGGCUGGUGACUAUCUUCGGGGUCUUGGUGACGGUGCUGGUAUUUGGGAGGAUGAAGAUGAGCGACGCUUCUACGAAAACCUCGUCGACCUGAAGGGCAAAGUUCCGGGCAUUCUUUUGGACGACGGCAAGAAGAAGAAGUCCGAUAACGAGGAGCAAGUGGGCAGGAAAGUGGAAGUUACCGAUGCACCGGAACCACCCAAGGUCCCGGACGCAGCCGAAGACCAGUCCACCUCCAUCGCCAACAAGACGAUUGGUGCUCAGGUGGACGCAGUGUUGGCCCGCCUGCCAGAUCUCACCAAUAAGGACGUUAUUGACCAAGCUGCUAUCGACUUCUGCUACCUCAACUCGAAAGCCUCGCGCAACAGGCUAAUCAAGGCUUUGACUGAAGUCCCCAAAGGCCGCGGAGACCUGCUGCCCUCAUGGGCCAGGCUCGCUGCUACUUUGGGUAGAUACAUGCCGGAUAUCCCCAAAGGUCUUGUCGACUAUCUUGAUGCCGAAUUUCGCAGUCUGCAAAGACGAAAGGACAAAGACUUCCUGGGCCAAGUGCGCUUGAGCAAUAUUCGCUACCUUGCUGAACUGACCAAAUUUGGCAUCGUUCCGGAGCACGUUGUGUUUCAUUGCCUCAAAGUCAGCCUCGACGACUUCUCGAGGAUGAACAUCGAGAUCAUCUGCAAUCUCUUAGAGAACUGCGGACGGUACCUUCUGCGGAACCCAGAGACUUCACCACGUAUGGCAACCUUUCUCGAGACAUUGCAACGCAAGAAGUCUGUCCAGCACAUUGGCCAAGCCGAACGCAUGCUCAUCGAGAACGCCGUCUACUAUGUUGACCCUCCUGACCGGCCUGCCAUUCAGCAAAAGGAGCGCACUCCCAUGGAGCUGUUUAUUCGCAAGUUGAUCUACAUGGACAUGACUAAGCGUAAUUACAGUAAGGUCUUGAAGCAGAUUCGCAGACUUCACUGGGAGGAGGCCGAGGUUGUCACCAUUCUUGAAAAGGUCUUCUCUAAGCCGGGCAAAGUCAAGUACGGCAAUAUCCAUCUUCUCGCAAUUCUUCUCAGCGCAAUUUACCGCUAUCACCCCGCUUUCGUCGUCAGGGUUAUCGACACUGUCAUGGAGUCGAUCAGCUUCGGGCUGGAGCAAAACGACUUCAAGUUUUACCAGCGAAGGAUUUCUGAGGUCAAGUACAUUGGUGAACUAUACAACUACCGAAUGGUUGAGCAUCCAGUCGUCUUCGACACCAUGUACAAGAUUAUGACAUUUGGCCAUGGUGGUCCGCCCAUCCCCGGUCGACUGAAUCAUUUCGAUUUGCCCGAUGAUUUCUUCCGCAUUCGUUUGAUUGCGACUAUCUUGGAAACCUGUGGCAUGUACUUUGCCAAGGGCGCGGCUGGCAAGAAGUUGGACUACUUCUUGUCGUUCUUCCAGUACUACAUCUAUACCAAGCAAUCGCUGCCCAUGGAUAUCGAGUUCAUUGUUCAAGACACUUUCGCCCUUACACGACCCCAGUGGAAGUUGGCAACCAACCUCGAAGAGGCUUCAAAGGCAUUCCAGCUUGCCAUAGCUCAGGACCAAAAGGUCUCGGGAGCCGACAAGACGCUCGAGGCCGACGAUGCAUCCAUCGGAUCGUCUUCGGACGAUGAGGAUGGAGAUGAACAUUUGCCUGAGCCCGAGGCUGACGAAGAAGAGUCUGAUUCUGACGAAGAUGCUGAGGACAAUGACGUCGACAUGUCUCACGCGGACUCCGAUAGCGAGGAUGAAGCUAUCGUGGUCACUCGUCAGCAGGAACAGGUUGAUCCGGAGGCCGAGGCUGAGUUUGAACGUGAAUACGCUAAGAUGAUGGCCGAGAGUCUGGAGUCUCGCAAGUUCGAGCGCAAGCCCUUGUUUGACGUGCCACUGCCCGUCCGCGGCAAAAGCAAGGAGUCAGCAACAGCAGCCGACUCUGGAGAUACCGGUGUGCCCGCUCCCAGUAGCACAAUGGCCUUUUCGCUCUUGACGAAGAAGGGCAACCGUCAGCAGACGCGUACUGUGGAAGUUCCUUCCGAUUCAACAUUUGCUGUGGCUAUGAAAACUCAGCAACAAGCCGAAAGAGAGGAGCAGCAACGCAUCAAGAACCUUGUCUUGAACUAUGAUCUUCGCGAGAGCGAGGACCCGGAUGGUAACGACUGCCCAAACCCAAUCAAAGCACACCUAGAUAUUCACAACCCCCAAGCAGGCCACGAGAAGCCAACUUCCUACCACCAUAAUCGAACAGAUCGCGGAAAAGACCGCGGCGGACAACGGGUUCGCAAGCUUCAGCUAAGUGACGUUGAUUGGUAUGAAUCAUCAACCAAGCGUGGAAACUAUUUCGCGCGGGCACAUACUCCUCGCUCCGACUGGGACGUAGAAGCUGGCAACGAUGUAGAGCAGUCAGAGACUCCUCCAACAUAUCAGCACGGUACUGUUCACAAGCGUCACAUGCCGGCCAUGCACUCUACGCCCAGACCAGGAGAUCGGAAGGAACAGCCUAGCCGGGUUCGCAAGUGCCAGUAG